UAUGGCCGAUGAAACCAGAAAGCUAAGCAAGAGUAGCAAAGAGAGUUUUGAAGAAGAAACAGCCUAUUUAACAAACCUUCUAAAAGACAAGAGAAUUCUUCUUAACUAUCCCAAUAUAUUUAUACAUUUAGAGCGUUUGCUGGAUGAAGAGAUCAAUAGAACUCGCUUGUCCCUACUGAAUUAUAACAAAAAAACUGUUUUUGAUGAACCACUUCCCGAACAAGCUGGACCUAUCGUUACUUUAACAGAAAAAAUAUUCAUUCCAGUUAAAGAAUACCCCGAGUAAAAGUAAAUGAUUGAUUUAAACAAGUUCAAUUUCGUUGGUAGAAUUCUUGGACCACGAGGUAUGACAGCAAAGCAAUUAGAGCGCGAUACUUCAUGUCGAAUUAUGAUUCGUGGUCGUAGUUCUAUGAGAGAUAAAAUAAAAGAAGAGCAACAUCGUGGAAAACCAAAUUGGGAACAUUUAAACGAAGAUCUUCAUGUUUUAAUUUCAGUAGAAGAUACGCAAGCUCGUGCUGAGGUUAAAAUGGAACGGGCCGUUUUAGAAAUAAAAAGACUUCUAAUUCCUUCUUUGGAGGGUGAGGACGAACUUAAGAAGCUUCAACUUAUGGAACUCGCAAUUCUUAAUGGCACAUAUCGCGAUGACAGUAAAAGCAGUAAAAUUUAUGUUUUUAAUCACUUAAAGAACCCCUAA